AUGGCUGACAUUCAAACUGUGAUUGGGAAAUGGCUACCAGACAGACAGAUGCCUUCAAUGAAAUCUCUGUCAACUUCGCUGGUUUUACUGGUGGAGAGAGUGAGGAGCAUAUAUGACAGAGGCUCAGAUAUUCACAUAUUGAUGCUUAUUGAUUCUUCUUCUUCUUCUUCUUCUGCUUCUUCUUCUCAGUUCAAGAAAUUCACCACUAUGGUUUUGGUUUCUUAUUCAACCACCUCUUCACAGAGGUGGUUUCCACUAGCGUGGCUUCAUGCUUUCUCACUUCUAUUUGCAACCUCAGUUUCAUACUCUCCAGUUGAAGUCUCUUACAGUUAUCACUGUGAUUCCAUUGUCCCUGAGUCCACCCCAACUUCACCGGAAUUUACCUCCUCCCUACUUCCACGAUCACAAACUGGUUACUCUAUUGGUCCUGAUACAACUGUAAACCGAAAUUUGUCUCGCUACUUCUCACGUUACUCAUAUCCAGUAUCAUUUUACACACGAAAUAUCUAUAAAACCAAAACUGAAGGGGUGUUCAAGGUGGAGGGCCGAUUGCGCCUCUUUUUACCAUGGAGUCUGAAGUAUAGUCAGUUAUCCUAUCCUCAUUUACAAGGGUUCUGGUCAGAGUCUUCUGGGAAGCUUUGCAUGGUGGGAUCUGGAUCUUCUCGUUCAAGAGAAGGUAAUUGGGUUCCUCUUUAUGCUGUUCUUAAGCUCAUUAAUAUAAAAAAUUCAAGUACUAUUACACAUUCAGUUAGUGGUACACUUGAGAGCUUGAGUUCUGUUAAUGAUUUCGAUUAUUUUGAACCAAUUACAAUACUGUUGUUCCCUCAAAUGAAUUACAAGUAUACUUUGGUUCCGGAAGAAAAUGAUACUGGUUCCACUGGUCGGCAUAAUGUUCCAGAGAGAUCAUCACCUGAUACAGGGUUGAUCACAGGUAUCUGUUCGAUGCUCAGACGAGGUUAUCCAUUUGAAUUGGAGUAUGCUCAUCACUGCAAUUCUUCGCAUAUUUGCACUCCUUUUGGUGGGGAUAUUGAAUAUUUGCCUCACAUCAUUUCCACAGAAGCAAUUCAGUGUUCAGAGUAUGAGCGAAGGUCGCUAGUUCUGGUAAAAUUUCAAUCUGAUGAGCAUUACCAACCUUUUCAUCCCAACAUGACGUUAGUUGGGGAAGGAUGGUGGGAUGCCAAAAAGAGUCGGCUAUCUGUUGUUGCUUGCCGAUUGUCUAACCUGAAGAACUCUCUGGCUAAUGCUCAGGUUGGGGAUUGUUCAGUUAGGUUGAGCUUGAGAUUCAACACAAUCUGGUCAAUCAGAAACAUGAGCAUGAUGUUGGGGCAAAUUUGGAGUAACAAAACUGUGAAUGAGUCAGGGUACUUUGAAAGGAUUGCUUUUCAAAGUACCCAGAAUGUUAUGCUGGAGGUUCGGGGCUUCAAGUAUGAGUAUACUGAAACUGACAGAGCAAGAAGUUUAUGCCAGAAAAAGAAGCCUGCUGGAAACAAGGGGGUAGCUUACCCAAAUGGGUAUUCUUCUGAUAUGCAAUUCCACAUGUCUGUUAAGAAUUCCAAAGGUGUAAUGGCAUGGGGUUUUUCAGCCCCUUUCGUUGUGGAUUAUAGGCUUUAUAAGCCAUAUCAGUAUGCCAUACCUCUGUCAAUUAACUCAAAAUCAUCUGUGCCUGUCUCCAGAUCAGUGCCAGCAAACAGAGUUGUUGAAGCAAAUACUAGUAAUAGCAUCCCAAUGAAUAUCAGCUACAAGAUAAGCUUCACGCUAGAACCUGGAGUGGAAUUUGAAGGUUUUGUCUCUUCUUUGAAUUCAUCCUCUCUAAUGCAUACACAAGUAGAAAUUUCUGCAGAAGGGAUUUAUAAUGCCAGAACAGGAGGCCUGUGUAUGGUAGGCUGUAGAAAGUUAAGCUUAAUGACUCGGCUGUCAACAAAUGAUUCAAUGGACUGUGAAAUUCUCGUGAAUUUCCAGUUUCCUCCACUGAAUUCAAAGAAAGGUUGUAUCAAGGGAACCAUCAAAAGCAGACGGGAAAAAUCUGAUCCUCUUUACUUUGAACAUCUGGACUUGUCUUCCACUUCUUAUACUGUUGUUGAAGCCAAACAAUCCAUUUGGAGGAUGGAUUUGGAGAUCUUCAUGGUUCUGAUAUCUAACACCCUUUCAUGUGUCUUCCUGGGAUUGCAACUCUUUUAUGUGAAAAACCAACCUGAUGUGCUGCCUUCCAUCUCUCUACUCAUGCUCGUAAUUCUUACUUUGGGCUACAUGGUCCCUCUUGUCCUGAACUUUGAAGCCUUGUUCUUGCAGAAUCAUGCUAGACAGAAUGUUUUGCUUGAGAGUGGUGGAUGGCUUAAAGUGAAUGAGGUGAUUGUGAGGGUGGUCACAAUGGUAGUUUUCCUGUUGCAGUUCCGUUUACUCCAGCUGACAUGGUCAGCCAAAUGUGGUGCCGAAAACCAAAAGGGCUUGUGGGUUGCUGAGAAGAAUGCCCUGUAUGUGUCUUUACCAUCGUACAUACUUGGAUGCUUAAUAUCCUUGUCUCUCAACAGGACAAAGACCGAAUAUGUUGCUGUGAAGGGCCUGAAGUCAUCAUCAAGCCUUAUCAGUUACCAGCAACAUUCCCAUUGGCAGGACUUGAGAUCUUAUGCUGGCUUGACCCUUGAUGGUUUUCUUUUCCCUCAAAUCAUUCUCAACACGUUCAUAAGCUCAAGAGAUGAACCUCUUUCUCGUUGGUUUUAUAUGGGAACCACCCUUGUUCGAUUGCUACCUCACGCAUACGAUCUUUACAGGGCUCAUAACUAUGUUAGCGGUUUCAAUGGGUCAUUCCUUUACGCAAAUCCUGGUGCAGACUUCUACUCAACCUCUUGGGAUGUCAUUAUUCCUUGCGUGGCGCUGCUGUUUGCUGCUAUCAUCUUCUUGCAGCAGAGAUUUGGCGGUCGUUGCAUCCUUCCUAGGAGAUUUAAAGAUUUGGAGGCAUAUGAGAAGGUGCCAGUGGCUAGCAGUGAGUAA